AAAAAAAAAAAAAAAACAAAGAAGAGAGUUAGACGAUGGUUAGUUGACCAUCUAAUUAAUUCUUUUUGACUAUUGUGAGAUUAUUGAAAAUUAAAAAAAAAAAAAUAUUGCACACAAUAUGAAUGUGAUCGCGUAUUGCAGCAGCUAAAAUUAUUAUCCAUGACAGUCUUCAGUUAAAAUUCAAUUAAUAUUCAUUGGCUAUAGUGAUCUUGUAAUUUAAAUAUUUAGACGUCGUGAUUUUAUUCGUUUGUCGUUCCGUUCCGCAAUAAAUCGAUUUUUCUUUAAUUUUUUAUUUUUAAUAUCUUGUGCACGUUGUAAAAUUGUUGUUGUGAAAGUAACAAAAAAUUAUUAUAUUAUUUAUAAUUAUAUUUGUGUAGCAAACACACACAGUUGCAAGCAGUUAAAAAUACAAAAAAAAAAAAAUAAACAACGAAUAGAAAGCGUUUAACCAUCAUCAUCGUCGUCCAGCAAAGAAAAAGCGAAGAAGUAAAAAAAAAAUAACACAAAAAAGUGAAAUUAUAAAAAGAUUGCAAAAGAAAAUAUAUACAAACAAAAAUUCAAUUCGAUUCGUUAAUAAAAUAUUAAACAAAAAAAAAAACAUAAAAAAUUUUAUGUACUCUCCACUGCCAUCACUAUCAUCAUCGUUUUAAACUAAUUUUUAUUAUUUUGAUAAUUCGCAUUCGCUAAGUGGUUGUAUAAAUUUGUUGACUUUUAACAUUUGAGAAGACAACGGGAUCCCCCUCCCCUAACAGCAGGAUAUCCUUUAAACGUAUAAAAAAUAUAAAAUUUUGGGAAUAAGACCACAAAAAUUCUGAGUUAAAUAAAUAAAAAUGGUAUCGCGACGAAAAAUUUUAUCCCGGUCUAGAGAUGAUCUAAAUUUGGAUCAGACUUUUAGUCAACAAGAAGAAGAAGAGGAUGUUUGGUAUCAAAAGGAUAAAUUAUAUAAGGAACACAUACAAGAGGUUCUAGAUAAAUGGACCCAAAUCGACGAUGAAAUUUGGGCUAAAGUCAUUGUCUUUGAACGGAAUCGUCGCGUAGCCAAAGCAUAUGCACGCGCCCCAGUUUUAACUAUUAACGGUUCAGACGAUGGAUUUGAUGGAAUGCGAAUCGGUUUGUGUGGAUUUGACAAUCCAAUGAGAGAUCCAAAGACAGACGAAUUUAAACGGCAUAUAGGACAGGGCGUCAAAAUAAAAAUGGACGACGCAGGUAACAUAUUAAUUCGCCGUUAUGCCAAAAGUAAUGUCUACAUCAAAAGCACUGCCAGCAAUUCCAACGAAGAGACAUCAAUUGGUGCCGAUAUACUCAAACUGCCAAAUCAAGCUCUAGAAAGUGAAAAAAUAGUCAAGUUAUUCGACAUGAAGAAGUUUCAAUCGAAUGUUAAUCGUGAACUGAGGCGAGCCUAUCCAGAUCGUCGAAGAUUGGAGACACAGUGCCUGUCGGCAGUGGCCUUUGUUAAGUCUGAAAGUGACAUCUUGGAUUGCCCCGUUUGGGUACUCAUUGUUAAUGUAGUUGCAAUGGACAUGUUAAAGAGCAAAUUACCACCAGUGCAACGACCAGUGGUUGACAUCAAGAAUCGCCCAAGAAUACCAAUUCCCGAUGAAGAUCCAUAUAGUGUAGCUGGCAAUGGUAGUGGCGGCAGUGGUGGCAGUGGCGGUAGUUCGGGCAGUUCUGGCUUUGGUGCUAACAAUGGGACACCAGCUGGACAUGUGGCCGCAACCAGAGAGCAAUUGUUACUGCAAACACAACAAUUGGCGCAUAAACGCAGUGAGAAACCGCCAAAAUUACCACCAAGAGAUAAUAUCUAUUCCCAUGACAUACCCAAGCCGGACUACGAUGACAUUGAAGAGAGCAGAAUCAAAUUGUCCCGAGGUAAAUCGGAUAAAGGAAAAGACAACAAGAAAUAUGAUGAUCCCUAUUACUGCGGUCUACGUGCACGUGUUCCAAACUUUGGCAAAGCCCCCAAAUCAUCCAAGGAAAUUAAGGAACCUCUUGUCAACAAUAACACCAAUACCCUCAACAAUAAUAUCAUCAAUACAAAUCACAGCAAUAUGAAUACUUUAUCACAAAAGAAAACCUCAAUGGUUCACAUGCCACUAGCUCCACUUCAUCCCUACAUGCAUCAUCAACAAAUGUUGGCCGCAGCUGCUGCGGCGCAUCACGCUCAUCAUGCCGCUCCCCAACCAACGCCACACAAUGCAGCUGCUGCUGCCGCUCAUCAUCACCAGCAAAUGAUGUGGCAGGCUAGAAGUUUCGAGAGCGGAAUAGUUGUUCCGCUCUUUCAUUCCCAGAAUAAUAAAGGUGUUCCAGUACUCCCUAUAAAUUCCCAUGGUUUGGUUAAUGUUAUGCAGCCCCCGUACCAACAGAAGUCACCUCGUCCGUUAUUACUAUUACAACAUUCACGUUCGGAUAAUACAUUGAAGAAAUCAAAGAAUGUUAAUACAAUACCGAAGAUUGAAAAAUUCACUCCACCAAUUGUCAAUCGGGUGAAAAACUAUUUAUCAAAGAUUCAGACAUCGUAGAGUCACCUUAUAAUCACAUAUACGGCCGCUUGCCACUGCCAACUCGAGGCUAUGUUCCGACACCUCGAACCAUGUACAUCGGUGAGUGGGAUUGAAAAAUGUCUAUCUCCUAGGAAUUUAGAAAGCGAAUAAGCGAUAGAGAAACAACAAAAUAACCAACCAAGCCAUCACCAAGAAAUCUUCAAAAAUAUAAAAAAAAAAUCAACAGAAAUAUUGAAAUUUUAAAUGAAAUUAAAAUAAGAAAAUGAAAAAUACACUGAUAAAUACUUUUUGUUUGAUAAAAAAAUGUUUUUUUGAUUUUUUCGAAAUUUUAAUUCUAAUAGCAAUUU